ACCGCCGACAUACUGCUGCUGCUGCUGGGAUGAAGCUCGCCGCCGGAGAACCACAGGCACUGGAACAAAUCUGAGAUCACAUCACGAGCCAGGCGACACGAUACUCACCGAGAUUUAGACUCCAGAAGAAGAAGAAGAAGAAGGAGAAGAAGAAGAAGGAGAAGAAGAAGAGGAGAGGGAGGAAAAGAGGAGUGUUUCCAACAUGAUGGAAGAAAUAGACAGAUUCCAAGUGCCGAGCGCCGUGCAGGAGGCGGAGAUGCAGGCGGAGAUGCAGCCGCUGGACCCAGCCUCGUCCACGACGUCAGAGGCAGACUCGGACACCAGAGAGGGGGAGCCUGUCACCAUAAACUACAAGCCCUCACCCCUGCAGAUGAAAAUAGAGAAACAGAGAGAGCUUGCCAGGAAGGGUUCGUUGAAGAACGCCAACACUGUAGGAAGUCCAGUGAACCAGCAGCCCAAGAAGAACAACGUCAUGGCCAGAACACGGUUGGUAGUGCCCAAUAAAGGCUAUUCCUCUUUAGACCAGAGCCCAGACGAGAAGCCCCUGGUGGCCCUAGACACAGACAGCGAUGAUGAUUUUGACAUGUCUAGAUACUCAUCGUCGGGAUACUCCUCUGCUGAACAAAUCAACCAGGAUCUGAACAUCCAGCUGCUGAAAGACGGUUACCGCCUCGACGAGAUCCCAGACGACGAGGACCUGGAUCUGAUACCGCCCAAAUCAGUCAACCCCACCUGCAUGUGUUGCCAGGCAACCUCCUCCACCACCUGUCAAAUACAGUAACCCUGCCCCGUCUGACCUUCUGCCUCCACUCCCCCGACCCCGUUCCACCCAACAUAACCCCCCGAUCUUCAUCUGCUGUGAGUUUACUUUGCCGCCACAGCAGCGACAUUGAAGCAUUGGUAGAAUAUUGUAACGACUGUGCUAUGAUGAUAAUGACAAUGACAAAUAAUACAGUUAAUAUAUAGAAACAUUGCUUUAAAUUUUAGGAGAGGAACAUAUGUUAACAUGUUGACUAUGUAUUUAAAUGCGGUGGUUUCCUCCUAUGGUAGGACGUGCACUUCUGUUUGGAAGAACCUGAACUAACUUAACACACUGACAGAAAACAAAGGGUUAACUGAUGCUGUAAAAGUGAUUUAAAUUUCCCUGAAGAAUAUGAGACAUUUUCAUGACUCCUAUCUCAACAGUUCUGCUUACCUGAUUUCUUGGUUGCUUUUUUCUAGUUUAUUUUUUUUUUAAAUUUUUUAUUUAAAUGCUUACGUUUUUUAAACCUGCAGGUUCAGUAUGAUUGUACGUGUUGACCUGGAGGUGUUUGAGAAGUGUGGAUUGUGGUCCCCCGAUAGAGGAAACUGCAUUCACUGUACUGUACAGGGUUGUAAUGUAGCACAGGCCAGGUCAUUGCACUGUAACACACCAUCUUCACAAUGCUUUCUUUGCCCGACUGACAUGAGAUGUUUCGUUCCAGAGUUGAGGGAUGAACAUGUAAACGUACAGUAAAUGGCUGAGGAACAAGUUGCAUGAAGAACACCUCACUAAAGUAAUUGGAAAUAAUAAUGAACUACCUUGUUGCACAUGAUUUUUGAACCAUUAUUCACAUGCAAUCAUGUGCUUCUGUUGAGGCACAGGCUCGGUUUGUACUGGUUUGAAUUUGCACAGUUUUUAUUUUUAUUUUUGGGCCCAUAUCUGUGGUCUCUCCUGCAGAGCGGUGACAGUGUCUUAUCUGAAAUGAUCUGUGUCAAAAGGGAAGAUUACUUAUCUUCGCACUGACCCUGUCACACACAUGAUGCUUCCCAUGUUAUCAAGGCCAAAGGGACUCCUCCCCAUAUUUCUAUCUAUCUACAGGUCAUAAAGGGAGCACACAGGUUCAGAUGCAGAGAUUUAUUCCCUCAACACACACACACAUAUGCACAUACACACCCACACACGUGCAUGCAUACAGACAUAAAGUACCAAAAUAAAGUGGGAGAUGGCAUUUAUUUGCCUCUUUUGACUUGAUUUUGAGCACUAAUAUCCUUCACAUAUGACCCUCUCUGUCCCUUAAAUCAGUUGAUUAUUUGCAUUUAGAGUAUGCCUUAAGUACAGAGAAGUUCAAAAGACGAGUAUUUAUUCCCAUCUUCAUCAUUUUGUUGGUUUGAAGAGCAUUUGCAGUCCAUGAAGUUGUGCUUUUUUACAUUUUGACAUGAGUGCUAAUUGUUUUUCUUUGGUUUUCUUUUUUUCAUGAUUUUUUCUUGUACUUUAAACACUUCCAUUACAGUAUUUAACAAUGUUAUUGUUACGUGCAGUGUAUGAAAACAAAUAAACACAG